CAUUAGAUAAACAUUCUUUAGAAGAAAUGGAAGACUGUAGAGAAAGGAUUAGGUCUAUACGCAAAGAUUGCUUAGAGAUCAGGACUGAUGAUUAGCUUAUGAAUGCAUCUUUAGCACGCCAACUAUGGAGGAUAAAGUACAAGAUUCCGUAGAAGAAUUUCGAAGCAAAAAUGCUGUUUAUAAAGAGAGCUUCUCGGUUGAUGCCACAAGGGCAAAGUUCAUGAAAAAACACAUGGACACAGAAGUGUCGCAAAUCAGAAAGAGUGUUGAAAAAAUUGACAUUCAAAGCAACGGUUGCAUUGAGAUAGAAGGAACGUCAGCAAGUAUUAAAUCAGCAAAGAAAGCGUUGAUUGCGUUGGUAGAAAAACUGCUAGCUGAGGCGCACGAAAUCGAGAAAGCGAACAUCAAACAGUACUUUUCUUGUAAUAAGGGAAUGGAGUGCAUACAGAAGGCAGAGUUACAUGGGCCAUGCGUUAUCGAGACGAAAGAAUCUGGGUUUUCCAAAUCCAUUCGGAUUGGGAAAUCCGAGGGCCGUAAAAUGACAUCUAAGAAACCGACACCAUGCGCAGAGGUGACUGUAAACGGAACAAAAAUAAGUGUCGUUUUCGGUGAUAUAACUGAACUAAACGUUGACGUGCUAGUAAAUGCUGCAAACCGGGCGUUAAAGCACAGGGGAGGGCUUGCUCGAAUUAUCCAAGAAAAGGGAGGAGAUGCGGUGGCUAAAGACUCGGAGCAAAGAAUUAAAAACGAAGGCGAUGUGAAAGAGGGCGAAGUAUACAUGGGCGUUUCUGGAAACCUUGGUUGCAAGGCGGUGGCCCACGCGGUAGGUCCGCAAUGGAAAGGAGGAAAGGACGGCGAGGACAAGCUGCUCAGAAAUGCUGUUCUCAACUGCCUAAAGGAGUCUGAGAAGGGUGGCUUUCAGUCCAUAGCCUUUCCGGCUCUCAGCGCCGGCAUGUUCAACUAUCCAAUUGACCAGUCUUGCAAAGAAAUUAUAGCUGCAAUCGAUGGAUACUUAAAGGACCACAAAUUCAAUGAAGUUAUUUUAUGUGACAUCAGUGAAAACACGGUGAAAACAUUCUGUGACGCCCUCUUUGCGCAAUACCCGAGUACACAUAUGUUAUUGAAAGUAGGAGAGACCGGGUUAGGGGGACAAAAAGAUAUUAAUGAUGUUGAUUCGAGGCCGACAUCGGGGCGAUCCAGACAAAGGACAGAACAUAGUUCAUCUAAUGAAGUGUCGUUUGGCAAGGUGAAAGUGAAAGUAGUAAAGUCAGCAUUGGCACAGGAGCAGGUUGAUGUUAUAGUGAAUUCUGCAUCGGCGGACUUGAAAUUAAACAAGGGCAUGUCGUCAAGGGCCCUUUCGGACGCGGCGGGCAAGGGCCUUCAAAGAGAACUUGACUCCGUGUAUCCCCACGGCAUACAGGCGGGGCGGGAAGUUGCAAGCACUGCAAACUUUCAACUUCUAUGCAAACGCAUUUACCACGUGGCUGUCAAACAUUAUUCGUCAACAGAAGAUCUUAAGAGUAUUGGACAUGUGGUUUCGGAAUGCUUGAAACUGGCCGACAAAGACGGACACGGUUCAAUCGCCUUUCCUGCCAUCGGCACAGGCGGUCAGAAGUUCCCCAUAUCCGACUUGGCCAAAACGAUGCUUUCCAGUGUAGAUUGGUUUUCCAGGCAUUACAAGAAGUCAUCCGUUGCGCUUGUUAGAAUAGUUAUCUACUACACGGACGAUGCUGUCUAUCAGGCAUUCGUCGAUGCCUUAAAAGUUGCACAGGGAGCGUCCGGAGGGCCAAGCGAUGCAUCUACUGGUUCAAGCAAUGCAAAUCCGGUACAGAUCGGAAAUCUGAAUGUGACCGUUGUGCAAGGGGACAUUACAUCUGAGCGUGUUGAUGCUAUUGUUGCAAGUUGUAACAAAGACCUGGAUUUGGACAAAGGACAAGUAACGAAAAUAAUUCGAACAAAGGCAGGAAAUGAUUUACUUCAGGAUGGAAAUUUUAGCAAAGAAACCAUGAAAAAAGAAGGACUUGUCAUGACUGUUGGAGGCAAUUUACAUGCCAAACAUGUGAUUUUUAUUGAAACUCAAUUAAACCCAUCUGCGUGGCAACCUUUGAUUCUCGCUGCGCUACGAAAAGCUGCAGAUGAGAACUUGAAAAGUAUCUCGUUUCCAGCCCUUGGCACAAACUACGGUUGCAAACCUUUUGAUAUUGGACUUACAAUGCGCUCUGCAAUGGAUGACUUCAACAAGCAAACAGUGAAGAAUCUCACAGAUGUCCGGGUAGUAGUUUUUCAAGCGGGCAUGGUAACUGAUCUCGCCAUGGGCCUUAACAAGGCUGGUGCUAUUCAUUCAAAUCUGCGGCGUUCAAAAUCACCAGUUCAAGAAAGCAGGAGUACCAGACCACACAACAAAGAUGACGAUAAAGUCCACUUCACGAUUUAUUCGUCUUCCAAAGAUGGAAUUAAACGUGCAAUCAAAAGUAUAGACCAAACAAUCGAGGGCGAGUGGGUAAUGGCGCCUAUCAGUGAUUGUAAAUCUAUACUAAACAAUAAGCAGAUUAAAGAACUGGAGAUGCAUGCAGUGAACAACCACGUUGCACUCACUGUCGAUCAGAAGGAAGGUAAACUCUGUCUAAUUGGACUUAUCGCGAACGUUUCAAAUAUGAAGGAUCAAGUUCACAUCAUGCUAAGAAAUGCCGAUAAAAACAAGCACAGGAAAGAAAACGCCGAAUUACUGCAGUCUGUGGUACAAUGGGUCUUCAUACAAGAAACAAAAACAGUGGAGUUUGACAAAAGGACGAAUCAGAUCAUCGAGCAAGCGUUCACGCAAAAACAAAAGUCUGUUCCGUUUAAGGUGGGUCGCAGUGACCAUACAAUUGAUUUUGACAAGAUGAUUGAGUGGGAUGUGAAGAGUCCAGGAACUAAAUACCCAGUACUUCGGAGAGAUCUGCGAAACGAAACUAAAUUAGACAUUCCCUCUCAUUGGAGCGCAAUGAAGGACCUUGCUCACGUUGAAAGUAUUACGUUAUCGAAGAGCGAUAAGGAGUACGUGCAAGUUGAACAAGAAUUUUCAAAGUCGAUGGGUGGAGGCGCACAUAUUACUCAGAUCGAGCGAAUACAGAACGCAACACUCUAUACGCAAUACCAAGCGAAGAAAAAACAAAUGCAGACGUCUUGCAGUACAAAGAACGUUGAACAUACACUCUGGCAUGGGACAGCUCAUGACGCUGUCACAAGCAUCACCGCUCAUGGGUUCAACAGAAGCUAUUGCGGGAAAAAUGCCACCGCAUAUGGUCAAGGCGUCUAUUUCGCAGUUAGCGCAACGUACUCAGCCCAGUCCACCUACUCGCCGCCCGAUUCCGCCGGCCACAAACGAAUGUAUCGCUGCCUCGUUUUGACAGGAGAUUGCACGCGAGGCGAUUCUUCGAUGCGAGUACCUCCUCCAAAGAACCCAACUGUGCCCCAUAUUUUAUAUGAUUCCGUCUCGGACAAUCCUGGAAGCCCAUGCAUGUUUGUAAUCUUUAACGAUACGCAGGCUUACCCCGAACACUUAAUUACAUUCAAAUAAACUUUUCAAAUCUGCGCGAAUCCCCCUUCAUAAGUAACUGAAAAGUGUUGAGAAAUAUACUGUUUAAUGUCUUGAAAUGUAAAGGGAGAUUGUUGGUAAAUGUGACAACUGUACAAACACUUUAAGUUGAAUUUUUUCUCUUAUUCACAAAUAAUUAUUCGGUAAUGCUAUGUAAUAACACUUUUACCAAGAUUUCUUGCUAUAAUUUACUCUGUUCGAGCAUUAAGAGCCUGUAAAAUUCAGCAUAUUUACUAUUUAGGAAAGGCACAACAUUCUGCACAUGUCUAAAUGUAACUUUCAACUGUUCGAUUCCGCGUUUUCAUGAAAGCAUCGUCUUGUUUUUUGUGUGAGUUAGUAGCUUACAUUCAAACCCAGCUUCAGCUUACAAUCGCACUAUUAUUUAAAAAUAAUUAAUCUAAUAAAACGUUUAAAAUAAACCCUGGUUCAGUGGCAUAUUCAUUUUCAUAGUUUCUUUAGAAAUACAAAGAUGGUGUGUUCCUUGUGAUAUUAAAUGUUGUGUUUUACAAAAGAAUCCUUUUUGUCUUUAUUAAAAUUAACACCAAACGUGGCAUUUAACUGCAUAUAGUGCGAUAUCCAAUUGAUUGUGUUUCAUCAUGUUUGUGAAAAUAUUGUAUAUUAAUGAUUUUGAUAUACAUAUAUAGCUAUCUUAAGUCAUACACAAGGAAGUUAAAAAAAAGAACCAAAUGAUGUGACCUUUAUGUGAAAUUUAAAGAUUAGCAUAGUUGUAUUUAUAUAAAGUGUUGUUAUUAUUGCAUUCUUUGGGUGAUUAUUGAUUAAAACAUUUAUUGGGUUUAAAGUGUGUUUGUUUUGUAUUACAUUAUUCGUUAACAUUUUGUUUUAAACUUAAAUGGAAAAGGUUAAAUAAUUUUGAAUGUGUGCAUUGUUGAUCAUGUACAUCUGUGUGAGCUUAUUUUAAAUUGCAGUGAGCGCAUUGUAAUUUCGUGUAUUUUUUGACAUGAAAUAUCGUUGACUCGUUAAAUUUGGCUUAUUUGUUGGAUUAAAAAUUCUGCGGAACGAUACAUUACUUCAAGGAAAAAUGCUCUUCAAAAUGAAUAAAAAUCAUGUGACCUUUAUGUCUAAUGGGUGUAUUAGUUUAAUUGUAUUAAUAUAUGUAAUUGCAUUCGUUUUGAUAUUUUUCAAUGUAUUUAUUGUGAAGUUGUUUCGUCUUGUAUUACAUUAUGUGUCUACACGUUGUUUUAAAAGCAAAUGGAAAUGGUUGAUUGCCAUACAUUUGUAUGGGCUUCUUGUUUACUCUAACGCCUGUGUACUACUAUUUUUAGAGAAACUUUAACAUAUGUGGUAAAAGUAUCCUGGAUAUUGAAUCUGUUUGUAAUUGAUAAAAGCGAUUUUCGCAUUUGUGAUUUUUUUAUCUUUUGUUUAUGUCAAUCCAUACAUACAUAACAAUUAUGGACCAAUACACAAUCUCACUUUUA